AUGGUCAUGCUGUGGAUCGCAGUCAGCCCGGGACCCCCAGCAGAUGUCCCUGGCCUGGAGCGCUAUGGGGUCCCGCCUCAACCCCCUACUGUGCCCUUUCGGGGGCUGCGCAUCCCAGAAGCCAGGAUUAGCGGCAAUCCCCAGUUUCUAGUUUCAAAGCCCCCUCCUGACUGGGAACCAAACGCUUCUGUACUUUCAUUGCAUCUCCGCUUCGGACCGGCUGGAGCCGAGCCGGGAGACUGGGGCGCAUUUCAGCGCCGCACUCCGAUUUUCAUAUUUUCGUUGUUUUCCAAGACAGCGACUCUCCGGGUCUGGUGCUAA